AUGGAGUACCAUACGAAGAUCCGGCGGCAGAAGCAACCGAAGAAUCAAAUAGGAAACAAUAACGCACGACGGCUUGAACAGAUCCCAGUGAUGACACCUGAUGUGGAAACCGGAUGGCAGCUCUUUAAGAGCGACAUAUUCGAGCUGCUGCCAAAUGCCGCGGAUAUAGACGGGUUAGCCUGCUAUCUGGAGGUCAGAAAAAAUCUUCGGUGGACACGAGAGUGUCCAAUUAAACGCGCUUUUCUGAAACAAGAGGUGGAAUGCGAGUUCGUUGCGGUUCGUCUGAGGACCAGAUCAAGAGAUACGACGAUCGGCGCCUUUCCGAUGAAAAACACCGUCGCCCUUGCGCCCUCGACGUCAGGCCAUGGACCGCACAGAAUCGAGUUGGCUAGCGCCCUCGCUACUCGCCAUGGUCAGAAUCCAUUGGCGAUCGAUUCGGACUGA